AUGCAUCGUGGGUUCCGUUGUUGCCUUUGUCAUGGCGUGGCUGACUCUGCCGGGCUGGUACAUCUUGCCUUGGAACACCAGACCAGGAUUCGAGAUAGAGCACAGACACAGUCCUUGGUGCCUUAUCAGCGGGCUGGCAGCUGCGUUCCUUACCUUGGUUUUCUGGCAAUCAUCAGUUCAGUGUUUCUGGAUCGUGCUUGCAUUCAUCAGGGUGAUGCUCGGCUGAAAGCGGAAGGCAUCUUCAACCUCGCCGCCUUCCUCAAGGCAUCCAAGUCUCUCGUGGUCGUUUUUGAUGAGAGCUACCUGUCGAGGGCUUGGUGUGUUUUCGAACUUGCAGCCUUCAUCAAAAGCCAUGAGGGUGAAAGUCCACCGCCUGUGGUCAUCAAGCAUAUCGCUGUCGCACCGACCACCGCUUUCUUGAUCAUCACGAUAGCGCUGCUCAAUCUAUACUUUUCAUGUCUACCCGCGGCGGGCUAUCUCUUCUACAUUCUUAUAGUGUUCAUGAUGGCCUUCGCGAUCUCAAUGCACAUCAUGCUGUUGCGAAUUCAGCGAGACACCCUCAAGGCCGAAAAUGACUUCAAGAGUUUCCGGUGGGACGCCUGCACAUGCCAAUGCUGCUCCUCAGGGCACGAAAGAGAUGGUGUGGCAAUUCCCUGUGACAAGGAAAUCUUGGCAGAAUGCAUUGCCAGAUGGUUUGGCUAA